UUACUUCUGUAAUUAAUCUUGUAAUUAAUUUAUUAAUUAAAAAUCAUAGUUUAAAAGUCAAUGUUCACAUAGUCUAUAAACUUUGGACUUUCAUUCAUGAUGGAAACCCAGAUCUCGCCGGUGAGAUGGCCACUCCGAUGAUGGCGGCGGUGGUGACGGCGGUGCUGGUGGUGGGGCUGGUCAUGGCGGCAGAGGCGGUGGAGGUUGGGGAGGUGGGCUGGAGGAUUCACACGUUGUUCUCUGUUGAAUGCCAGGACUACUUCGAUUGGCAAACGGUGGGGUUGAUGCACAGCUUCCGCAAGGCUCGGCAACCUGGGCCUAUCACUCGCCUUCUCAGCUGCACGCCGGAGGAGCGUGCUCGGUACCGUGGAAUGGGUCUUGCUCCGACGCUUGAAGUUCCGUCAAUGAGCCGUCACCCGCAGACUGGUGAUUGGUAUCCGGCUAUCAAUAAACCAGCAGGUGUUGUGCAUUGGCUUAAAAAUAGCAAAGAAGCUGAGAAUGUUGAUUGGGUUGUAAUCUUAGAUGCAGAUAUGAUCAUUAGAGGUCCUAUCAUUCCAUGGGAACUAGGAGUAGAAAAGGGCAAACCUGUUGCUGCGUAUUAUGGGUAUUUAGUGGGAUGUGAUAAUAUUCUGGCUCAGUUGCACACAAAGCAUCCAGAACUAUGUGACAAGGUUGGUGGGCUUUUGGCCAUGCAUAUUGAUGAUCUGAAGGCCUUAGCACCCAUGUGGCUCUCAAAGACUGAGGAAGUGCGUGAAGAUAGGGCUCAUUGGGGUACCAAUAUAACUGGUGAUAUUUAUGGUCAGGGUUGGAUCAGUGAAAUGUAUGGAUAUUCAUUUGGUGCUGCAGAGGUAGGUCUUCACCACAAGAUAAAUGAUGAUUUGAUGAUCUACCCAGGUUAUAUUCCAAGGCCUGGUGUUGAACCUAUUCUAUUUCACUAUGGCUUGCCAUUCAAAGUUGGAAACUGGUCUUUCAGUAAAUUGGAACAUCAUGAAGAUGGCAUUGUUUAUGAGUGCAACCGCCUUUUUCCGCCACCCCCUUUCCCUAGAGAGGUUCAAAUGAUGGAAGCUGAUCCAAAUGUAAGGCAAAGUUUGUUCUUAAGCAUAGAAUGUAUUAAUACAUUAAAUGAAGGACUUCUAUUUCACCAUGCAUCAAUGGGAUGUCCUAAGCCUCAAUGGUCAAGGUACUUGAGUUUUCUGAAAAGUCAAAAAUUUUCAGAGCUCACGAAACCAAAAUAUUGGAAUCAUCCUGAGCUGGGAAGCCAGAUAUCUAAGGAAACACAACGUUCAGAUGAACCAGUGGAACCAAAUCCAAAGAUACAUACUCUUUUUUCUACUGAAUGCUCGCCUUAUUUUGACUGGCAAACUGUAGGUCUUAUGCAUAGUUUCUACCUAAGUGGUCAACCUGGUAAUAUCACACGCCUUCUCAGUUGCACUGAGAAAGACCUUGAGCAAUAUAAGGGCCGUGAUCUUGCUCCUACACAUUAUGUUCCAUCUAUGAGCCGGCAUCCACUGACAGGAGACUGGUAUCCUGCAAUAAAUAAGCCAGCUGCUGUUGUCCACUGGCUUAAUCAUGUGGAGACUGAUGCGGAGUUUAUAGUCAUUCUGGAUGCUGAUAUGAUUCUCAGGGGCCCAAUCACACCGUGGGAAUAUGGUGCAAAACUUGGCCAUCCUGUUUCGACUCCCUAUGACUACCUUAUUGGUUGUGAUAAUGAGCUUGCAAAACUGCAUACUCGGAAUCCAACUGCCUGUGACAAAGUUGGUGGUGUCAUAAUUAUGCACGUAGAAGAUCUGCGAAAGUUUGCUAUACUGUGGCUGCUCAAGACAGAAGAGGUCCGAGCUGACAAAGCUCACUACGCAACCAAAUUCACUGGGGAUAUAUAUGAAUCUGGCUGGAUUAGUGAGAUGUAUGGUUACUCCUUUGGUGCAGCUGAGUUAAAUCUGAGGCAUAUCAUAAGAAAGGACAUACUCAUUUACCCAGGCUAUGUUCCUGAACCUGGCAUCAACUACAGAGUCUUCCAUUAUGGGUUAAAAUUCAGUGUCGGCAACUGGAGCUUUGACAAAGCUGACUGGAGGAAUACUGAUGUGGUAAACACAUGCUGGGCAAAGUUUCCUGAGCCUCCUAAUGCUUCAAGUCUCUCCUCAGAGGAUGAAGAUAUCCUAAAAAGGGAUAAGCUUAGCAUUGAAUGUGCGGAGACAUUAAAUAAAGCUCUUGUUUUGCAUUAUAAGCGGAGGAAUUGUCCUACUUCAAAUGUUAUUGGCAAUCAGAAGCCAGCAAUAGUUAGUAAUGAGAUUUCCUUGAAAACAGAUGGUGUCUUACCUAACAUACGAACUCCUGCACACGGUGAUACUUCUAAUUCAUCCUCACAACCUGAAUCAAACAAUGGCAACACAAGGAUAAGGAUUUGGAUGGUCGGGCUUUGGGCUGUUUCUGUCAUUGGCUUCUUAGCGGUUAUGUCUAUGAUUCUUUCAAACCGUAAAGGGGAUGGAUCUAGAGUGAAGGCUAAUAAUAGAUACAAGAAAGCAUAUGUUGGACCUUCCGACAACGCUACUUCCUGUCAGCUCCACAAUAAGCACCUCCUGGAAGCAGAAAUGGCAUCUGAAGCUUGAAAAUACACAAUUUAUUUAUGAUUCAUAAGGGAAGUUCCAACACCCACAAACAAACACAGGUUUGUACAUGCAGUUCAAAUGGAAUUAUACAAGGUACCAUCUUUUGUUCCUGAACGAGUUAGCAUAUCAUACCAAGAGAUUAAGGAGGUGACAAAAUUAAAAUUGCUAGGUUCAUGCUUUUUGUUCUAUAUUGAUGCGGCGUGUGUUCAUCGCUGGGUUUACUUGUCCGAGCUUGAAGCCAAUUUUGACUGUGUAUCGUAUUUAUUUGAAACCUGCUGACUACUGUUUCCUCUGGAGAUCAACACUGAAAUUUGAGCAACUUUGUAUGCAAAUUUGCAUGACAGCAAACUAUGAAUGAGCAAAUUCCUUUUUUACAAUUUCUUGGCGAAACAGAACACUUUACUGUAAGAAUUAAAAAAACCAAUUACAGUAAACUCAAAGCUGUAUAUUAUGAGUUUGUUCAGUCUUUGAAGUAUUGUUUGUGUCAAACUCCAUUUAUUACCUGAAUAUGUACCUAUUUUGUAUCCAUGUAAUCUGAGCCUCUCUGUGUUUGCUAUUUAUAUGAAACCACAUUGAUCU